GACAACGCUCUUCUUCUGAUAAAUAUUUCUAUUUUCUCAAAACAAAACCCACUUGAAUUAUUGUCAUUUCCCAGCUAGGCUAAUGUCAGUUACCAAAUUUUGUUUUUGUACACUACCUGUUUGACAAAAUGCUCCAACCAGCAAAUGUCAUGUCUUAAGCCAUGGAAACGAAGAAUCCAGAUAAUGCUCCUGUUAAAAAACAAAAAUCCCGUAAAAAAUCUGAAGGUGCUUUUGACAGAAUCAGUAAUCUGCCAGAUGCAAUCCUUCAUCUAAUACUCUCGUGUCUACAAACUGUCGAUGCCGUAAAGACCAGCGUAUUGUCGAAGCGAUGGAGGUACUUGUGGACGUCAUUGGGUUAUCUUGAGUUUGAUCACUGUUAUUUUUGGUCACGUCAUUUGAAAUUCUGGUACCAACGUGAGUUCAUUGAGAAAUUCACCAACUUUGUAACUUGUGUUUUGUCUUUUAGAGAUGGGAGUGAUAUUAAAAGAUUCCGUCUUUCCAGUUUUAAUUUCUGCAAUAAAUGGGUCGAUAAGUGGAUUCAUGUUGUAAUUAGCCAUAAUGUUCGUGAGCUUGAUUUGUCGUUAUGCCCUGAAGGGGCAUUCCUGUUGCCUCAUAGUGUUGGUUCGUCUAAAUAUUUGACGGCACUAAAGUUGAAGUUGUUUAACCAUGUUCUUGAAAUCCCCAAGACAAUGGUUUUUCAUAAGCUCACCUCUCUGCAUCUUGUUUCUUUGAGAUUUUUGAAUGAGGGUUUGGCUAGGCUACUUUUUUUGGGCUGCCCACUUCUUGAGAAUUUGGUUUUGGAGAGGUGCGUGUAUGACAAUAUCAAGGUGCUUGAUAUUUAUGCAACAAAGCUAAAAACUUUAACUAUUGAAAAUCUUGAGUUGGACGAUGCUGGUAGUGAUGGUUUACGACAGACUGUACUUAAAAUCUUCGCUCCGAACCUCGUAUCAUUCAGCUACAUAGGUCCUGUGGCUCGUGACUAUAUUUUGCAAGACCCAGUGUGUAUAGUUAAUGUGUAUAUACAUUUGGUGAAGGGUUUUGAAAAGGGGUCGUUGAAAGGACUUGGUUAUCUUAUGUGUAAAUUAAUAGGAGGAUUCUAUAAUGUACAAGUUAUGAAACUGUCCAUCAUUUUCUUGGAGCUUCUGUUCUAUAUACUUAGUGAACCAGUAUGUUUCCCCGCUCCAUUUUGUAAUUUGAAGCACCUCAAAAUAUAUGCUGGUGCUGAUAAGCGCCAUCUGCAAGUAAUCGUUCAUUUACUCAAGAACUCGCCAAAUCUGAAGGCCCUUCAUGUUGAUUUUGUGACAUCUGGUUGGAUUCAUUGGAAAGGUAAGUGGCAACCAGAGGAUGAGGCUGUUGCAUGUUUGGCAUAUCAUCUCCAGACAGUUGAGAUUAGCAACUUUGAAGGCCAUGAUAAUGGACUUGAAUUUAUAAAGUUUUUACUGAAAAAUGGACUGGUACUCGAAAAAGUAACUGUUAUUUGGUCCAUGAAGCCAGAGAAACCAAUAGAAAUAAUAAUUAAGGCAUUGACAAUAAUGACAUUUCCUAGAGCCUCUCAAACCGUUGAAAUAAUAUUCCUUGAGCCAAAGCCAUUAGACUGUUUUGAUUAACCUCGUGUGAAUCAAGUUUGUAAUGAACCAAUGAUAGAAAACUAUAUUUAUGGUUAUUGUUAGUACAGCGGUUAUGGAAGUGAAGUUCAGCAAUUUCAUACAGGCAGCCUUUUUGACUGUUCUUA